AUGAUGCCAAUACUCACAACAUUUUCAUGGAUAUGCCUAAUCCAACCACGUAGUAUUUUACUUUCUCAAUUAACUAGUUGUCAUGGGCUCGGACUUGGUGGUGGUUGUUUACAGUUUGAUUGGAAUUCAAUAACAGCAUUUCUUGGUUCACCUAUUGUACCACCGUUUUGGAGUCAGCUGAACAUUUUUGUUGGGUUUAUACUAUUUGCAUGGAUAGUCGUACCUUUUACUUAUUAUACAAAUCUAUGGAAUACAAAACUGUUUCCGAUCGUUAGCAACAAUUUAUAUACAAUAAAUGGAACGGUCUAUAAGCACACAUUCAUCCUUGAUAAACAAAGUCAAUUUAAUGAAACGGCCUAUGAAUUGUAUAGUCCAGUUCGUAUGACUGUUAUGUUUGCAUUUCAUUACGGUAUACACUUUGCUAUACUAACAUCAAUUAUUAUGCAUACAAUUUUGUGGCACAGUCAAGAUCUUAUAACACAGUUAAAAACAUCAAUUAAAAAUAGUUUAUCGACAAAAGUAAUAAUAACUACAAGAAACACUGUCGUACCGGAUUAUUGGUUUGUAAUUCUUUUUGUAGUUACAUUUAUUGUUACCAUUAUUAUGUGUCAUAUAGGUCAACUCAUACCGGUAUAUUAUCUUUUUGUCGCAAUUAUAAUUCCCUUUCUAUUUAUCCUACCGGCGGGUAUUAUUGUAGCUAUUACUGGACAAUGGAUUAACGUCAAUGUUCUAUGUGAUUUUGUUGGCGGGUUGCUCUUACAUGGAAAUCCAAUUGGUAAUAUAACGUUUCUGACAUUUGCUAGAGAACCAUUGUUAAAUGCACUGUCCCUAUGUUCAGAAUUGAAAAAUGGAGAUUAUUUAAAAAUUCCUACACGUAGCCUGUUUAUUGCACAUCUUUUGGGUAUGCUAAUCGGUGGUUUUGUAAACUAUACUACUAGUAGUUAUAUGUUGAACACAGUAGAAAAUAUCUGUACAUUAGAGAACCCAUUAUGGUCAUGUCCAAAAAUUCUAACACUAUAUUCAACAUCAGUCAUUUGGGGUAUUCUCGGUCCAAGAAAAAUAUUUGGUAAAAUAUCUCCUUAUUCUCAUCUCUUGUGGGGCUUUCUCCUCGGGCUUCUGUUACCAAUACUAUUUUGGUUUAUAUAUAAAAAAAUAUAUCCUCAACGACACUGGCUAAAAUAUAUUCAUGUGCCAGUCAUGUUAAUUGGCAUUGGAAUGAUGCCUACAACUUCAGCCGGUAAUUAUGUUACAUGGUUACUCAUUGGUUUUGUCUGUAAUUAUAUUUUGCAUAAAUAUUCACUUCAGUGGUGGAAACAGUACGCAUACAUAUUUUCAAUUGCAAUGGAUUCCGGGGUCGCUGUGUCCGGUAUAUUUAUAUUUUUUAUAUUUUCACAUCAAAACAUUAAAUUUCCUAAAUGGUGGGGUUUAGCGAAUGAUGGUGGAUGUCCAUUAGCGAGGAAAACUUUUUCUGGAAAAUAA